AUGUCGGUAACGCCGAUCAUAACAUUCAAAGCGGGUAUCUGUGACCUGGAUCUUACCGGAUCCAACUCCGUGGUCAAACCCCAACCCACUCCCGGCUACAUCUACCUCUACUCGGAAGAUGACCUCGUCCACUUCUGCUGGCGUCCUCGGACUGCUCCUCACACCGAGCCCACGUUGGACCUGGUCAUGGUCCCAUCCGAUGGGAGCUUUACACCUUACCAGCCUCACGGGAAGGAGCCCACGAACGGUCGGAUCUUUGUGCUGAAGUUCUCCUCCAGCUCCCAGCGCUAUCUCUUCUGGCUCCAAUCCAAGUCCCAGCAUGAGAGCGGGGAUCCGAGCUGGUUCAGCCCCCGGGAUGCCAAGCUGGGCGAGAUUGUGAACACGCUCCUCCAGGGUGAAGAGGUCGACGUGGAGGAGGAGAUUGCAAACCUUCCCAGAGGGUCGGGCGGAUCGGGUGGUGACGAUGACGAGACGAUGGAGGAUGUUGAAGGCACCGACCACGACCCCAACCAUCACCGCGGCGGCAGCAUGGGCGGAGCAGGUCCUGACGCUACGGGUGGGGAUGUCAGAGAAGAGGGCCAGGGGUCCCGGGAAGGUGGUGCCGACGGUGGAAGAGCGGCGUCCGCCGAGAAUCCAUCGUCCGUUGUACAGAACUUCCUCCAGUCUUUGCAAGGCAAUUCACGCCAGUCGCAGGAACCCGACCGACCCCAUACUACUCUGCAAGACCUCCUGUCCCCCGCGAAUACGCUUCCUUUCCUAGAAUGUGCGGAUGACCGAACUGUGGAUGGUCUUCUGAGCUAUCUACCACCGGCCCUUCUCCUCCUGGCGCAAGAUGUCGAGGAUGUCUCUGCUGCCGACAGCGAUCCGGACAUCGCAGCCGCCGCCAUGGGGUCUCUCGAACCGGCGCAGAAGAAGGAGAUCCUGACGAAGAUUCUACGGUCGCCUCAAUUUACGCAGAGUCUGGCCAGCCUGACGGUGGCUAUCCGGGAUGGCGGUCUCCCGAGUAUCAGCGAAGCACUCAAGAUUCCGGUUGAAAACGGAGGGUUCAUGCGUCGUGGAGGGGUGCCCUUAGGCGGGGGUGAAGCGGUUGAAGCGUUUCUGAAAGGCGUUCGCAACCAUGUUCGGGGCGAUGGGAUGGAGACCGAUUGA